AUGGCUAAGGUUAUUCCAGUUGGGUAUAAAAAUUAUUUAAAACGAGUCUCAAGUAAUGUCCAAAAAAAUAUUUUUGCGUUGAAACAAAUACAACAAAAAAUGGACAUGGAAGAAAUGAAAACAAUAGAAACUCGUUUUCAACAAACUCAAAAAUUAUUAUCUCUUGAGAAACCAAUCACAGAUAGGAUUGUCUCUCUUAUUAAUGGAACUACUCAGGCUGAUAAAACAGUUGACUGUUCAUCAAUUAAAGUACGUCCAAAUCCAUCAAAACACUUUAAAGGAAUUCCUGCUUUUUGGCAUAGAAUUUUUAUUAUUGAAAACCUUUCUGAUGAAUCAGAUAUGAAAUGUGAUAAGGAAAUUUUAAGAACUUUAAAGGAUAUUCAAUUAAAUAAUAAUUUAAAAGCUGACACUGAAAAAGGAAUUAUUCUUCACCAAAGAACAAUACAAUUUGAUUUUGAUGAAAACCAAUACAUGAAACCACAAAGUGUUUCUGUUCAAUUAAGCUUUAACAGUAAAAUUGGUUCUAACUCUCAUGAUAGUGCUGAAGUUAAAAUUAUACAACCAUUUGUUUGGAAAGGAGUUAAUCCUUAUGAAAAAAUGGAUGUAAAUGAUUUUACUUUUUUCCUUCCUUUCUUCCUCAAAGAUGACAUUAAAGAGUAUAUGUUGUGGUUUAAUCGUAUUUAUGACAUCAAAAGUUUUAUGGGAUCUUCUUUGUUAACAUUUAAAGAAAGGUUGCAUGAUUUAGAUGCUAAUGAUAAUGUAUCAAUGGAUGAAGAUAGCUAUUAUGACGAAGAAGAUGAUGAACCACGGAAAAGAACAAAAGAUUGCUCACAAGAUUGUCAGCCUAAAAGAAAAGCAACUGACCAAGAAUGCAAACACCAAUAA